AGAAGGCGAACGCACGCCUCGUUGCUCGGUGGCAUCGACCCUUCUCCGUGAACUCACAGUUUCUCUCUCUCCCGAGUUGCAAGUUCCGACUCCCUCCUCCCCCUCCUCCUCCUCCGCCUGCCGCAGCGUGCAUGCCCUAGUGAAGUGAACUCCAUCCAAGUUCCAUCUCCUUUCUCCAUCUCUUAAACAAAAAUGACGUUACUCUUGGCUUUCGCUUUCUUCCUCCUCACCCUCACUAAGACCCCUUACUGCUCUGCUGCUGAUGCUAUUAUUAUACACAACAGGAGAACUCUAUCUCAACCUUUCUUUCCACUCGCCUCAUCGUCCCUACUUCCGACCCGACCUCCUUCCCCUUCCCCUGCCCCUUCCCCUUCCCCUUCCUUCCCAAAAUACCCCUCCUCUUCCUCCUCUUCUAUCUCAAGCUUGCAUCCCUUCUUCCCGUUGUACCCUUCUUCGCCACCUCCCUCUCCGCCUUCUCCCGUUUCCCACCUCCCUACCUUCCCCGCCAACAUUUCCUCCUUCGUCUCUUCCCCCUCCGGCCACCUUCACCCCAGGCUAGUCUCUGCACUCGUCCUCUCUCUCCUCGCCCUCCUCCUCCUCCUCGGCCUCUCCUUCGCCUUCUUCGUUUACAUCCGCCGUCGUCGCGGCUGCUGCAGCGGCCACAAGGACGCCGGGUCUGACAGUCUUCGGUUCUUUCCUCCUGAUACCACAGCUUCCGAUGGUCGCAAGCUUUCCCCUUCCUCUUCUGCCGCUGCUCCGAAACCCGAAGGUGCAGGCAUAAGUUCGGAGUUUUUGUACCUCGGUACCCUCGUCAGCUCUCGCGGCCGCGCAAGCGAGAGUUCCAACGCUGGAGGUGGCUCUCCGUACAGGAAGCUCGACUCGCCGGAGCUCCGCCCGCUCCCCCCGCUGCCUCGCCGGAAUGCAGGGGGUGGUCUCUCGUCCGAUCUGGAGGAGGAAUACUGCUCCCCGAUGAACUCCCAUGAAGAAAAGGACGGUGACGCCGCCGCCCUUGGGUCCGGCUUAAAGAAGGCUGCUGUUGGUGUGGAGAUGGAGAGAUGCGGAUCAGGAAGCUCGACGCUUAGUCCACCGACAAACAUUUCUUCCAAUGGAGUUUCCUCUCCCUCCCGGCCGUCGCCCAACACCUCGUCACCGCCGCCAUUACGGCCUCCGCCUCUUCUGCGUCCACCAACGCCGUCGCCUCCCAAGAGAAGGCAAUUUACGAUUUCCCCACCAUAUUCCCCACCAGAUGCGGACUUUAAUGCAAAGGUUAACUUGUGGUAUCCAAAACAAAUAGGUGAUUUUGCUGGAACCUCUGUUGCUGUUGGGAAAACCCCUCUAUUUGGUUGUCCAGAUGGUCCAAAUGUUAAGUUACCUGAUUUCCAGCCACCCGUUCUUGGACCUCCGCUCUCGCCAGGAUCAUGGAGUUUCUCCACAGAGCCAAAGGGUUCCAACACUGAUGAUAAGCGUGAGAACCUUCUCCCAAUGUUGAAGCCUCUCCAUUGGGAUAAGGUUCCUGCAAGCUCCGAUCCAUCAAUGGUUUGGGAUCAGCCGAAAUCUGGCCAUUUCCAACUAAACAAGGAGAUGAUUGAUACUUUGUUUGGCAGAAAGACAACAAUAGGCACAAAGGGGAUUGCUGGUGGUUCAUUAGAUCCUUCCUUGGCCCAAGAAAGCAGGAUCCUUGAUCCUAACAAAUCUCAGAACAUUUCAAAUUUGCUAAAGGAUUUUAAUUUGACGAAAGAAAAUGUCUGUGAGGCUAUCUUGGAAGGUAAAGCUGAUAGUUUGGGGAAAAAUGUUUUGGAGGCACUUACGGAAAUGAUUCCAAGCAGAGAUGAAGAGAUCAAAUUGAAACAAUAUAAAGAGAAACCACCUCUGAAGCUUGGUCCAGCUGAAAGCUUCUUGAAGUCAGUGAUUAGUAUCCCCUAUGCAUUUAAGAGAGUUGUUGCCCUGCUUUACAUUUCUAAUUUUGAUUCAGAGGUCAAUUACCUAAAUGAUCUUUUCAGGACUCUCAAGGCUGCCUGUGAAGAGCUGAAGAAUAGCAGGAUGUUCCACGAGCUCCUAAGGGCAAUUUUGGAAUCUAGGAAUAAAAUGAAUGUGGGCACCAACUAUGGUGAGGCAAGUGCCUUCAAGCUUGAAUUGCUCCUUAAGCUUGUUGACAUCAAAGGGAGAGAUGGUAAAACCACCCUUUUACAUUUUGUUGUUCAAGAAAUCAGUUGUGCUGUAGGAUCACGCCUUACCACUAUCAAUAGUUCAACCAUGACAAGCUGUCCCAAAACAGUAUCUGAUGUUAAUUACUGCAAACAAGGGGUCCAAGUUGUGUCGAGUUUGGGAGUUGAGCUUAGCAAUGUCAAGAAGGCAGCUGCAAUAGAUUCAGAUAUGCUUAACUUCCAUGUCACCAACCUUGGCAAUGGGCUGGGGAAGAUUCAAGAGGUAGUGCAACUAAAUGAUGCAUAUUCAAAUGAAGAUGAUCAUGGCUUCCACGAGACAAUGCUUGAGUUCUUGAGAAAGGCCGAAGAUGAAAUUCUACAUAUCCAAGCUCAAGAGAGUUAUGUACUGUCUUCAGUGAAGGAGCUCACAGAGUACUUUGAUGGCGAUUCAACCAAAGAAGAAGCUCAUCCAUUUAGAAUCUUCGUGAUGGUGAGAGAUUUUCUCACAAUUCUUGAUCAAGUUUGCAGAGAAAUUGGAAAGAUUAAUGAGAGAAAUAUUGUUGCGGAGCAACACUUGCCCACGAACCAAACAUCAGAACGAGUCUUUCCCCAUUACCAUGUGGCAAAACCUGGAUGCUCUGAUGAUGACGAGAGGUCAUUAUCGUGUUAGUGGACAGAAGGCCUAAAAUUCAAGGUUUUUUGUGGCUGUUGCAAUCAGUAGUUUUUUUUUCCCCUUAGGAGUUUUAGAAUCAAUGAGGACAAGCAAAUCUGUGCAUAAGCCUUGGACUGAACAAUCUUGGGGGAUUGUGAACCAAGUAAAUCCUAGUGUCUACUGUGGUGCGCUCUUCAUUGUUUAUGCAUUGUUUGUUUUAUUAUCUAAUGUGUCUUUGCUGAGUAAUUAUCAAGAGAGGUUUGCUAUUCGCCCCCUGGCUCUAUAGAAUCCAAAAUUUCUACCUCAUCAAUACUUGAUAUAAGAGCAAAUCACCCAAAAGGACUAAUCGUCAUUUAAGCAGUUAAAUCAGGAGGGCCGAGGUGCAAGUAAAGACAUGUUCAGAUCUAGCAUUCAACUACUCAGAUGUGAAGGUGAUUUCGCACUUUAGAAGUGCAAAUAAAUUUUGACUCGAAGUAUUCCUUGUUGCACUCAUAGUAUCUAAUGGUUGAUUCAGUUCUUUUCUAUGCUGAUCUUUCUUUUGUAUAUCUUUCUGCACUCCUUUUCUAGUGAGAUUCUUCGAGCUGAUGUUAUAAUCAUUCGGACUAUGGCUCAGACUUAGAUUUAA